GGUGUAGGAAGAGCAACAGCUUUUUGAGCAUUACGACGAGUGACAUACGCUCUUCAUUGUGUCGCACCUCGUUUUAUCAAAUGGCCUAGAGAUCAGGUUGCUCUAAAUGUAAUGGAGCGAUUUCAAAGAUCAUGUGGCUUUCCCAAUAUUAUUGGCGCUAUUGACGGCACUCAUAUAAAAAUCCGAGCUCCUACUGAAGAUUCAAACUCUUACGUCAAUAGAAAAGGUUUUCACUCCAUUAACCUUCAACUUAUUUGUGAUUCUCGGGAUUUAUUUACACAUUGCUAUGCUGGGCAGGCAGGCUCUGUCCACGAUGCCAGAGUUUUUCGGAACUCAUCUGUAGCUGGAUUUCUCGAAUCACCCGAGCAAUAUUUUCCAAAUGAUUCUCAUCUAAUUGGAGAUGCUGCCUAUGCCAUUCAUCUGCAUUUAAUGGUACCAUUUCGGAAUAACGGACAUCUAACACCUCGGCAAACAAAUUAUAAUUAUUGUUUGUCAUCAACAAGGAUGGCUCGAGAAGGGAAUAGGGCAACUGAAAAUUCGUUUCAGAGUAUUAUUAGAUUGCUUGCAGUUAACAGAUAUUUAAAAAAUCCCUAA